AUAUCUCCUUUUUUUUUAUCGCUCCGCGAAGGUGCGGGGGCAACAGGUAAAAAUGCCUGUGCUGACAUCACGACUUUUGCAUAAUUUUUUUGUCUGCUCAUGUUGAAAUGGCCGUAUGUCUCGCUAAAACCGCGUUCGACGCGUAAAAAAUCGAUGAGAAUUUGACGUGCAACGUGAGUGAAAGUAUAUAGCUAUCGUCCUUGUACGGACGACAUAACAAUUGAAACUGACACGGUGAAAUGUUUUAUUUCUGUAGCUUGCAAAAUUUGUGUCGCUUAAACAGUGCAAACAUUAGUCGUAGCAUAAACUUGUGAUUUGCGAGAAUGUGCUUGUCGAGUGCAAUUUCUUUAACAGUGAGAAAAAAACUGAUUGCAUUCGGAGUGACGGCGGCCGUGCUCGUGGCCAUUUUCGUGAUAUUAAUUGUAGUCUUCACGCUCAAUUCAGAUGUUAAGUGCGGUGCAAAGUUCGUCAGUUCCUCUAAAUUGGAUCGGUAUGCGAAGGGCGCCGUGGCAACAAACGGUCGGGAAUGCUCACAAAUUGGUGCGGAUAUCUUAUCUAGAAAUGGUUCGGCAGUGGAUGCGGCGAUAGCGGCACUACUUUGCGAGGGCAUCGCGUCCUUGCACAGCAUGGGACUGGGCGGUGGAUUUCUCAUGACGAUAUGGGAUGCAAGAAGCAAAACGGCGGAUUAUCUGGACGCGCGGGAGACCGCCCCGAUUGCCGCGACGGAGGACAUGUUCGAUGGCAAUGCUCAUUUAGCCAUGUAUGGUGGACUGGCAGUCGCUGUUCCGGGUGAGCUUAUGGGCUAUUGGGAAGCGUACAAAAGAUACGGGAGAUUGCCGUGGUCUGAGUUAUUCGAGCCCGCAAUUAAAUUGUGCAAAACUGGAUCGUACGUCAAUGAGUAUCUCGCCGCGUAUCUGACCGAAAAGGAGCCGAUGAUAAAGAACGAGAGCAGCUUGGCUGAAAUACUCAUAAAUCCUAAGACCAAUAAAACGUGGAUCGCGGGAGACCGAAUAAAGAGACCGAAACUGGCGGAGACGUUGAAGCUGAUAGCGGAAAAGGAUCCCUCCGUGUUUUACAAUGGCAUCCUCACUGACAAAUUAGUCGACGAGAUAAGAAAGUUUAAAGGAAUCAUCACAAGACGGGAUUUUCAAGAGUACAGACCCGUAUGGAGAAAGCCGGUCGCGUUAAAAAUGGGAAAUCUGACGAUCUACAGCGCUCCGCCGCCGGGUUCGGGUGCAAUUCUGACAUUCAUAAUGAAUGUCUUUCGUCGUCUGCUACCGAUCGACAAUGAGAACGCAAUGUGGCAACGUAUAGUCGAGACCUUCAAGUGGGCUUACGCAAGAAGAACAGAACUGGGGGACCCUGAUUUUGUCGAAGGCAUAGACGCGCUGCUCACCAAUUUAACGUCCAACGAUUACGCGGAAAUGAUAAAGAGGAGGAUUAAGGACGAUCGCACGAGUCAAGAUCCGGAGGAAUACGGCGUCAACACUACAACAGUCGCGGACGCGGGGACCUCGCACGUUUCCGUCCUCGCCCCCGACGGUUCCGCCGUCUCCGUUACAUCGACUAUCAAUCAGGUGCUCGGCGCGAUGAUACGCUCGGAAUCCACCGGUAUAAUAUUUAACGACGAGAUGGACGACUUCAGUUCGCCCAACAUUACCAACGGCUUCGGGCUGCCGCCGUCACCGGCGAAUUUUAUUCGGCCCCGCAAACGACCGUUGAGUUCGAUGUGCCCGUCUAUAGUGGUAGAUCACAAGGGUGAUGUCAGAUUAGUGAUUGGCGCAGCCGGUGGCUCGAAGAUCACGAGCGGCGUGGCGAUUGGAUUGCUCUUGAAUCUCUGGCUCGGUUACGACAUAAAGGAAGCAAUUGAUGCGCGUAGACUUCAUCAUCAACUGCUGCCGAUGAAUAUCCAGAACGAGAAAGAUUUUUGCCAACCCACGUUAGAUUACCUGAAUAAGAUCGGUCACAACGUCUCCACGUUCAGCGGAAUUGGCAGCGCGCUUACAGCUGUAUCUAAAGAAAACGAAUUUAUAACAGCAAAUUCGGAUUAUCGUCGACAAGGAACGACAGCUGGAUUCUAAAAAAUUAUUGUAUAGAAUUCACGCGGAUGACUUUACGUAAGAAUGUAACAUUGAUUUCUCUUUGUGCUAUCGAAGCUUUUUUUCUAACUGCAGUUACGAUUAUAAUUUAAACACACGGUUACCGAUUAAUGCUCUCUACAUGACAUAAAAUUUUUGUUUUAUCACAUUCUAUUAAAAAAAAAAGAAGAAAAGUACAACAAUACAAAGAUAUAGCCUUUUCAAAUUACAAAGUUAUCCGCGAAUGAUGUGUGGUUAGAUAAUUGUUAUGUAAAUACAAUUUUAUUGUUUUAAUUUUAAAAGAAAAUUUAUGUAUUUCAAAAUGAUGGUUUGAUCAUUUGCAAUAUACGCAUAUCGUAUAAUAAUGCAUAUCAAUUCAAAAUAUAUGAAAUAUGUAAAAAAAUGUAUAUACAUAUUUCAAAUCACGAUUUGAUUAUUUGCAAUAUACGUAUAUAGCAUAUAAUCGACUCAAAUAAUGAUUUACGGAUCGAUUAGUAUGAUUUCUACAUUGACUUGGCUGCAAAUACUUAAAAAUUGUAAUUAUAAUUGUAGUACCUUAUAUAUGUAUAUUUAUUUUGUUGUAUUUCGAUUAUCGCAUCUCUGUACAUAUUCCAUGUUUCACACAUGAUUCUAAAUAUAUGAAAAUAAAAAACAUUUCUGUUUUGUGUUUA